CGGCAUUUUCACAGUCCACUGGUCUUCUUUGCUCGUAUCUGCUUGCAGUCAGUAGAUCGUUCGCCAAGUACAAGAUGUUGCUGCUUUUCGCUAGUUUUGCACUCCUUGUAUGUGGUCCUUGCCAAGGUAUCGACACAGUGCCCACGCUCAAUGUUACAAGCUAUCUAGGAAGAUGGUACCAGAUGUACAGUGACUUCAUCGUUGAGGAGACCUUCGAGCGAAACGCCGUUUGCGUCACUGCCGAUUACACUCUGCGUAAAGAUGGAAAGAUUGGUGUGGUCAACAGUAAUAGAGACAAGAAACCUGAUGGCGAACUUAAGCAGAUCACAGGCUACGCCUACCAGCCUGACCCUGAGGUACCGGGCAAGCUCAAAGUGCACUUCGACACAGUCCCCGUGGAGGGGUCCUAUUGGAUACUGAAGCUCGGUCCAGUCUCUGGCGGCCAGUACCAGUACUCCAUAGUUACAGACGGCCUCAAGGCAACCCUGUUCGUGUUGUCACGUGACCCAAACAACUACGAGAAAUAUGACAAAGAGAUCCAAGAGUUUCUCAAAAACAAUGGCUUCACACACCUCUGGAACAAACCAAGGAAAACCUACCAAUCAGAGGACUGUAAAUACGCACCUAAACCAGGUUCUCCAUACCAGACCCUACGCAGUCAUCUAGAUCAGUAGAGUUGUUAGUGACGUCAUGUGGGUCAAUUGAUGAAUUAAAAUCCAGGGCACUUCU